AUGUCACUUGAAAUCUCAAGGGAACCCAUCGAUAUCGGGGUGGCUUUGAACUCGGCAUACACGUUGUUGAACGUGGCACUGCUGUUGUUUUUAAUAUUAGGGAUCUCGUUUUUUUACUCGGGUUUGACCCAGCGAAAGGCCGCUUUUCAGCAGCUAAGCUUCCCGUUGGUUGUGACAAUCGAGAUUCUUCUGCUAUGGCUGUGUUUCGGCUACUCUCUGUCCUUUUCGCAGACAGGAAGGUCCGGCUAUCUCGGGAACUUUGAGCAUGUUGGUUUGAAAGAGCUCAGCAGCAUGGUGAUAUAUCCUAACCAAAGAUUUGACGAUGUCUCCACUGGUGUUGUUGAGCAAGUUUACAGUGUCUACAGCGGACUGUUUGCCUGUAUUUCUGCCGUGAUAGCAAUGGGAUGCCUAUGUGAGCGAGGGAAGUUGAAACCAGCAAUGAUAUUCUUGGUAGCAUGGAUGUUUCUGGUGUACUGUCCUGUUGCUUACUGGAUCUGGAACUCCAACGGUUGGAUGCACAAGAAGUUUGAAGUGCUCGACUUUGCCGGCGGCCAUGCUGUGCACAUUGUUUCUGGAACAACCGCAUUGAUGUACUCGUGGUUCCUCGGGUACCGCAACGAAAACAGUUUGACCGACUACCGUUCCAGCAACCUGGGACUGGUGGUUUGCGGGACCAUGUUCAUGGCGAUUGGGUGGCUCGGGUUCAACUGUGGCUCGCUUUACACGGUCAAUAAGCUCUCGGGGAUCAUUCUGUGCAACACGUUGACGUCGAUGAUGGUUGCGGGACUCAGCUGGAUGGGACUGGACUAUCUGUACUCGAGGAACGGACGGAUCUCAAUCGUGGGGCUGUGUUCUGGCUGCGUUGCCGGACUCACGGCCAUCACGCCAUGCACCGCGUACAUCAGUUUCUGGUCGAGUUUCGUGGUGGGGCUUUUAAGCGGAGUGCUAUGCAAUCUGGGCACCCGGCUGAAAUACUGGCUCAAGAUAGACGACUCCCUGGACGUGGGGAUCCAUCUGAUAGGAGGCCUGGUUGGCAACCUGUUGGCCGGAGUGUUUGGCGACAAGUCCGUGGCCGCGCUGGGCGGACUGUCAGUUCACGGCGGAUGGAUAAACAGACAUUUCAUCCAGCUGCUGUACCAAUUUUUGAGCUCCUUGAUUACCACGAUCUACGUUGCCGGAGUGUGCUUCAUCAUCCUGUUUGUGCUUGUGAGAAUACCCGGCUGUCAUCUGCGGAUGGACAGCGAGUCGGAGAUGGAGGGCUCCGACAGCGCCGUGUUCAACUCGGAGUACAUGUCCGAUUACGUGGAGUUUGUGCGGCAGCUAAAUCCGGACGACUAUAAAGAAGAGUAG